AUGGAGAACUACUCCUUCCCUGAGACCAAUUCCUCAUGUGCAGACUGCACUGUGAGAGAGCAUGGGGAUCUGAAUAUUCCACUUAGUCCCAGGUUCUACGUCACAGUGCCUGUCAUCUACUCAGUCAUCUGUGUCGUGGGGCUGACAGGCAACACUGCUGUCAUCUAUGUAAUCCUCAAAGUGCCAAAGAUGAAAACAGUAACCAACACCUUCAUCCUCAACCUGGCCAUCGCUGAUGAGCUCUUUAUCCUGGUGCUACCCAUCAACAUUGCUGACUACCUGCUCCUGCAGUGGCCCUUUGGAGAGUUCAUGUGCAAGCUCAUCAUUUCUAUAGACCAAUACAACACUUUCUCCAGCAUCUAUUUCCUCACUGUCAUGAGCAUUGACCGCUACCUUGUUGUGGUGGCCACGACCAAGUCCAGGAAGAUGUCCUACUGCACCUACCGAGCAGCCAAGAUUGUGAGCCUUUGUGUCUGGUCCUUUGUCACAGUCAUCAUCCUGCCCUUCACUGUCUUUGCUAAGAUACACAAGGAGCAGGGGCACUCCCAGUGUGUCUUUGUGUUCCCCCAUCCUGAGAGUGCGUGGUGGAAAGGCAGUCGGAUCUACACCCUUAUUUUAGGCUUUGUCAUCCCAGUGUCCACCAUCUGCACCCUCUACAUCACCAUGUUGUGCAGACUGAGACAUAUGCAACUCAAUUGCAAUGCAAAAGCUCUGGACAAAGCCAAAAAAAAGGUGACGAUGGUAGUUGUCAUCUUGGCUGUGUACCUGCUCUGUUGGACACCCUAUCACCUUAGCACAGUGGUGGCCCUCAUCACAGACAUCCCACAAACUCCACUCAUCACUGGGAUUUCCUACUUCAUCACCAGCCUAAGUUAUGCCAAUAGUUGCUUCAACCCUUUCCUGUAUGCCUUUCUGGAUGACAGUUUCCGGAGGAGCUUUCGCAAACUGAUAGAUCGCAGAACCACCUCAUAAAACCAACCCUCUGUCUCCUCAUAUGUACCUCCUACAGUCACCUGCUUUUCCUGGGUGAUUCCAACUCAGAGAAUGCUUUCUCUGCAGCCUCCUUGUGAUUGCCUACAAGUCUUCAGGUUACCUCACUACCCAAGACAUGAACAGGGAACAAGUGUAUCUUUCUCAACUGUUCUGCACUCAUUUCUGUAGCAUUGCUUUCCUUGCUAUUUUUUCUUUUUCUGAUUUUUAUUUUCAUUUUCAUUUUCCUUUUUCAUACCUUCUCUCUAACGUGCUUUCUGACCUAGGUUUGUAGCACACAGAGCUGCAGCAGGUCCCUUUUCCCUUUUUAAAGGUAUUGCUUUGUGAACUCAAGCCACAUGACUGUCUCAGUUACUGGUGAUUUGUAAAGCCCAAUAAAGGUAUGUUACAGUGUCUUGCUUAAU